AUGGCGUGCUUCACCUGUCGCUGGCGCUCCUUGUUCAUCUACUUGUGCACGUCAUGCAUCUCCCUGUUCCUGCUGUUCGUCUACGGCAUCAUGGUGUUUUGUUUCGUCCUCAAUAAGUUAGAGAGGAGCACCGUCGUGGCCUCGAGUCCUGUUCGCUUUGUGGCCCCGGGAACUUUCAGCAACGGGAGCUUCAACCCACUCCCGGAAACAUUCUGGUCGCUGCGUCGGCACGAGGACGCCAUCUGGAACCGUCUCCAGCUGAGCAUGGACCGCCAUUUUAACCCAAUUCUGCGACCCCGAAACAUCAAGACGGGAUCUCGAAACCGUUCGUCUUACGAGUCCCUACGGACGCAAGCUUUCUCUGACGUUACCGACUUGGCGAAGAUGAGGAAAAGCUUCGAUCGGCUGCCGCGGAUACGAGAGUUUGUGAGCCACAUGCAUAGGAGAGACUACCCGGCCCUCAUCCAGCCGGUUGGAGGAUGUGGAGCCGGCACGACGGAUGAGCGGGAGGCCCCCCUCCUCCUCCUGGCCAUUAAGUCAACAGAGAUGAAUUUUAAGAACAGGCAGGCCAUUCGACAGACCUGGGGUCAGGUGGGACGGGUCGCGGGGCAGUGGAGUAACCGUAAAGGAGGCGGACGUGGCGGAGGACACGUCCGCAGGGUGUUCCUGCUCGGGAACGGGGACGCGGGUGUCCGUUUAUCCGAGGCACUGCAGAUGGAGAGCGAACGCCACGGAGACGUCCUGCAGUGGGACUUCAGGGACACGUUCUUCAAUCUCACCAUGAAGGACGUGCUCUUCUGGAGCUGGCUCUCCCGCUCGUGCAAGCGGACUCUCUUCGUCUUCAAGGGGGACGACGACGUCUUCGUCAACACGCCGAGGAUGGUGGCGUUCCUCCUGGACCAGCUGAAGAAGCCGCAAGCGCACAAGACCAUCGGGGACUUCAUGACGGGCGAUGUCAUCACGGCGGGAUUAGCCAAUCGAGUCCGCCGGUCCAAGUACUUCAUCCCAUACGGCUUCUACCAGGGCGUGUAUCCCAUGUACGCAGGCGGUGGAGGGGUGGUGUACUCGGGCCUGCUGGCCAGACGCCUGCUCCACGUUUCUGAAAGGGUUCACCUGUUCCCAAUCGACGAUGUUUACGUGGGGAUGUGUAUGGUUCGGAUUAACGCUCGCCCGGUGCACCACCCCGCCUUCCUCACGUUUGACUUUCCUCACGGGGAAGAGGAGAAGCGGUGUUCGUAUCACACCAUCCUAUUGGUCCACAAACGAAGCCCCGCCCAGAUCGUUAAACUGUGGGCCCGUUUGAAAAUGAGCCAGGCCCAGUGUCGGGACACGCCCCUGAGGAGGGCGGGCGAGAAGGAGAACAAACCCGAACCGUGA